CUGUGGUUGGCACCAUGGCUACAGAUGAGCAGGUACACAAAGUUUCCCUAAAAGUUUUGGUGGACAAAGAGAAAAACAAAGUUAUAUUUGCGGAAGCAGGGAAGGAUUUUGUGGACGCUUUGUUGAGUAUCUUAACAUUGCCUUUGGGGACUAUUGCUAGACUCGUGGCUAAGGAGUCAAACAUUCCACCAGUGAAAUUUGGCAGCCUCAGCUCAUUGUAUGAAAGUGUGUCUCAUCUUGAAGAUAAGUAUCUACGGACACAAACGUGCAAAGAAAUGCUACUGCAGCCAAGGAACUCUAUGGAAUCUUAUUGCCAGCACGUGAAACUGAACAUCGAUGACACCGAACCCACAAAGUACUUUCUUUGUGCAAACCUGAAUUGUAGUAUUGUAAGUGGGAGACAAUUGUCCAUUUUCAGAUAUCAAAGAUGCCGUUGUGGAAAUCAAAUGAACAGAGAAGUAUUUCCAAUAGAAGUGAUUCCAGGAAAUGGUUUUGUUAAUGAAAUCGCAACUUUUAUAAUUUGUGACGAUCUUUCUGUGUUGCCCAAUGUUGUUGGAACAAGUGUAAGUCUUCUUAGGAAGCUUGGAAUCAAAGACAUGGCUACCAUUGACGAACGAAAUGUAGAUAUCAGUAAGAGGGAGGUUGUUGAUAUCCUUAAGUUGUCUUUGCUAUCAAAGACACCCUUAACAGAUUUUAUCCUAGAGAAGAAAGAUGAUAAUUUCAACCCAAUAAACCAACCCCAAAUUGGGAUAGGAGAGAAAUCAUCUGAUGAAGGUAGAAAGAUGGAUGUGAAAGUACUGGUAAGAAAAUCAGAUAGCAAAAUUCUGUUUGUAGAAGCAGAGGCAGAUUUUGCUGACUUACUUUUCAGUUUGCUCACUUUACCUCUGGGUGGAGUGUUGCACAUGCUUAAUGGAUGCUCUUCCUUAGACUGCAUUGAUAAAUUGUAUAACAGCACUUUUGAAUUAAAUACAGACAGAUAUUUUAGGUCACAGGAACUCAAAGACAAACUAGCUAAUCCCCAGUGUGCUCCACAAUUCAACUUACACGACCAGAUAUUACCAAUUGGCGCCGUGUGCUUGCCAUUGUAUUAUUAUGUAACCGUUGAGUCGUGUGUGUGUCUUACUACUUCACCUAACAGUUGGCAAUUUGCGAUUGUUGAUCCAAAGUCCUGUAUUGGGGGUUCAUCUAGCAAUGGAGGAUUUGCCAAAGCACAAUCAAUGUUUUUGGUGACAGAUGACUUGGUUAUGACACCAAUGUCGUCCAUUUCUUGUAUUUCAUUUCUAAAUAGAUCAAAAGUCUCCCCGCUUGACCUGGAGGAAAGGGUUGUUAAAAUUGGUGUGAAGGAGGCACUAGCUAUCUUGAAAGCUUCCUUGACCUCAACAUCUGCUUUGACAAACGGUCUCAAGCAAUUCAUCAAAAAAGCAUCAAUUAAGAGGGAGAUUUGAUCCAUUACUUCCAUUUUGUUGAAGGUUAUAGAAUCGUCGGUUCUACAAAAUAGAUAUCUAUUUACGUAUUUCAGAGUCCUGGCUGUUCUAAUUAAUGUGCUUGCUUGAGAUAAUUAGUUUAUUGACACUAUUUUAUCUAAUAUUUUGUGUUUCAUGUAAAGCAUUCUGAAUGCAUACCUGUGAUUUCGUUUGCUAUGCUGAUAGUUGUUUUCUGUGAUUCUGUCUGACCAG